GCACAGAUCCUCCUUUUCGCAGGUCUUCAUUUUGGAAAAGCAAAACUGAAUUCGGAAAGUAAUCUGUGCUUUUAUGCUGUAGGCUGUACUAAUGAAUACACUUCUUGUUUGCUUUAUUGCAGUGACGAAAAGGAAAACUUCGUUGCAAAUACUUAGCGAGCAUUUCGCCUCUUAGAAGAAAGCUUCUAGAAAUUCUUUCAACAUUUCGACGAAACAAAAAUCGUGAAAAUGGCUGGUUUUCGCAAGAAGAAUCAGAACAAGAAGAACGCCAAGGGUCUGAAGACCGCCGGCGAAGGUCCUCAGCACCAAAGCGAGCAGAAACCUGCUGAUUCUGCGGGCCAGAAAAGCGCCGGUUACGAGUUGAAAAACCCACUGAAGGGGUACAACAAAGUGGUCGAACAGCAGAACAAACCCUUCGAAGCCUACUACCGCGCGCAGAACAUUUGCGAGAAUGAGGAAGAAUUCCAGGUCUUCAUGCAGCACUGCCGGAAAGGUCUUCCGAGCGGCAUGCGUGUCAACGGAACUCUGGGGAAGCAUGGAAGAAAUUUGUGGAACCAGUUUCAGUCUUUGCUGGAGCUUCCGGAAAACAAGGAGUUGACACCAGCAUACAGUGAGGUUGUUGCAAAAAUGAAGGAGGAAAAUUAUAACGGGAACGAGCAAACAGCGGCCACCGCGGAAUCGUGGAUGCUCCGCCCGAAGCCACUGGCCUGGUACCCCCGGGAACUGGCGUACCAGUUUGACUUUUUGGAUGCCAGGCAGAUCAAGAAGGACAAGAAAUUCAAGCAGUUGAAGGAGUUUUUGAUGAACCGCGAGCAGUACGGUGCGCUGCAACGACAGGAGACCGUUUCCAUGAUUCCGCCGCAUCUGUUGCGGAUCCAGCCGGACGACCUCGUGUUGGACAUGUGUGCGGCGCCGGGCAGCAAGACCUGUCAAAUGCUCGAGCAAAUGCACUGGGAGGCUUGCGAGAAUGGUAUUGUAUGUGUGUUGCGAUAAUUAAUGAAUGCGAGUAGUAUAAUAAUUCCGAAUCCACCGAUGGUAGAUGAUGUGGCAACUUUCAUUUGAUCUUCUUCUUUCCGAUAAAAUCAAGCGCCCGAUAUCAAGUUUUCGAAAGCCACUACGUCUUUCUACUCGACAUCAUAAAAACACCACCACAGCCCGUGGCCCCGGCGAAUUUUCAAUCGGGAAAGGCGGCGUUCUGGCGAACGAUGUGGAGUGGAAGCGCGCCAACAUGCUGACCCACCAGGUGCAGCGGAUCGGCUCGUCGGGUGUUGCGGUGUUGAAUACGGACGCGCAGUUCUUCCCCAAGAUGAAGCAAGCCGAUGGCACGGUCAUCCAGUUCGACAAGGUGCUCUGCGACGUGCCGUGCAGCGGAGACGGCACCAUCCGGAAGACGCCGAACAUUUGGCGCACCUGGACGCUGUCCGACGGUCUGGGGUUGCACUUUCGCCAGCUCGCGAUUCUGUGGCGCGGCCUAGACGUGUUGAAAGUUGGGGGGCGGCUGGUUUACUCCACGUGCUCCUUGAACCCGAUGGAAAACGAGUCUGUCAUCAACGCGUGCCUGGAAAAAUGCAACGGAUCUGUGAAACUCGUGGAAGACAGCGACUUGCUGGAGUCCAGUGGGAAGCUAGUCGCCAAGAAGGGGUUGACGACCUGGAAGGUGCCGCAUCCGAAGCUUGCAACUACUAAAAAGAAGAACGACAAGGAAGGUACUAGCACUUCUGCAGAUCAGGCUGCGACUACAACAGAGAAACCAAAUGAAGCGGCUGAUGCGGGUGGUGCAAAAGUAGAAGCCGAAUCACCCGAAGCAGAAAACUUGGUUUCCUUCUUCGACAGUUACGGGGACGUGCCGACGAUCUAUAAGGAGAGCAACAAGAUUCGGAAAACAAUGUUUCCGCCGGAGAAGGGGAAUAAGGAGUUGGAAAAAACCAGGCGUUUUUUGCCGCAUUUGAUGAACACCGGUGGGUUUUUUGUCGCGAUUCUGGAGAAGACCGCGGAGUUGCCGAGACAGUUGGAACGGGUGAAGAAGCAGGAGUUGUGGCACGAAAUGCAAAAAGAGAAACAAGCAGGAGCUGCGAGUGACAAUGGCACCCCAGUUGCAGCAGCAGCAGCAGCAGUCGAGAAGAACAAAACUGAAGAUGCGACAUCGAAAACUGUCGACACGACAACUUCGCCAUUAGCGACCCCCGAGACCACGAAGACCAGUAGCGACGCCGAGCCGCCGACGAAACGCGCGCGAACGGAAUCGGAACAAGCGAAGCAGGAGGUGGAAACAAAUACAAAGUCGCAAAAUCAUGACUCUGCAGCUACGGCUGAAUCAGAAAAUAAAGCGCCACCCGCACAGAAACAAGAGAACCCAGAGGACCACUUUUACCCGAUCGACGACGAAGACUGGGCGUCGAUUUGCAACUACUACGGAUUCCCGGACGCCGCGCGAAGCCACUUCUACAAGCGUCCGCAGGUUCACGGCGACCACAAAAUUUACGGCAUUUCCGAGAAGCUCCGCGACGUGGUGAAGUGCUGCCAAAACACGGGUAGUACGAAGGUGGUUUCCUGCGGUGUGCGCUGCUUUCAGAUGCUCAACAGCUUCGGGGGGAGCUGCACCUGGCGAAUUACGCAGCAGGGAUUGCUGUUUCUGCUCAAACUCGGAUUGCAUGCACAACGAAUCCUCGAGGUAGAGCCCGCAAUCAUCGACGAAAUCCUGGAAAAGCGCGAAAUUCCGACCUCGACGGUUUUGGAGCGGAAGGAAGAGUUUUUCCAACAACCGGUUUUGACCGAAACGGAAAAGUUCGUGCGGGCCGAAGCGUUGUUGAAGUCGGAAAAGGAGGAAGCGGAGGAUGGUGCGGGUGUAGAGAAGAAGAAGAUUCCGGUCGUCGGACAAGGAAGUUACGUACUGCACUGCGCGAAGUACGAGCUGCACAUUUGCGUUUUGGUGUCGCGAAACUUUUUCACUCUGUACGUGGACAAGCAAGAGGCUAAGGCCCUGGCGGCUUGCCUGAAGGUCGGACCGGAUCUCAAGGUCGAGAUGGGACUGUAAGUCCCGGUCAAAACGGGGGAUCAUGUUUUCCUUUUUGACUGAAUUGAAUGGCAACUCACGAUACGUCAGAUCUUACUCGCAACGCAAAGCUCAAUAUCGCUCGACUUAUUUCGAUGAAAAGUGAAU